AUGCCUUUGGAGGAGAAGCUACCGCUCUUGAAUCCAAUAGAUGCAGAGAGUCAGGGAUUACCAGCCAGCAGUUCAAAGUUAGAUCCUUUAAAAUACUUGCUUUACCCCUUCUCAACAUGUAUACCAAGGACGGAAGUAAACCAAGCAGUCCCCGAUACUUGCAAAGAUGAAAACAAUUUUCGAAAUGAGAUAACUGAGAAAGAUUCUUUGGAUGACGAAAAUAGCAUGAAUGACAAAGACGCGGAGAAUGCGUUGGAAUUUUUACCUGAUCUACCAUAUGUUGUAAACCCCGUGAUAUUACCAGUUUCCAAAGACGAUGCUGGCCUAAAGCUAAAGAAAUUGAGGCGAUAUAUGCUGAAGAAUAAAAUUGGAGUAUAUAUUAUUACUUCUGAGGAUGAACAUCAAUCGGAAUAUACUGCCUUGGCUGACAGGCGACGCGAGUACAUCUCUGGAUUUACCGGGAGUGCUGGAGUAGUGUUGAUUACUUUGACAAAUCCGAGCACAUUACAAGGUGAUGCAUAUUUGUCUACCGAUGGAAGGUACUUUCUCCAAGCAGAAAAGCAACUAGAUGGGAGACACUGGAAGCUCAUUAAGGAAGGGCAAAAGGGAGUUAAGCCAUGGACUCAACUUGCCAUUGAAUUAGCUGCAAACAAUACAUUCAGCUCUGUUAUCUCUUGCGACGGAAGGACGCUCAGCUUCGCAGUUGGUAACUUUUUCGAAAAACAAGCAAAAGCGCACAAUUUCGCGUUUCGUCCAUCGUUGCAGGCAAAUCUUGUUGAUCUCGUCUGGGGGAAGGAAAAGCCAACUAGAUCACAACAACCUGUUUAUGAGCUUGGAUUGGAAUAUUCGGGAGAAGAUACGAAUGUGAAAGUUACAAGAAUACGAACCACCAUGCAGGAAUUUGGUGCGUCUUUUUACAUUUUGACUGAACUUGAUAGCAUAGCGUGGUUGUUCAACUUGAGAUGUGAUGACGAUAUUCCUUUUAGUCCAGUGUUUUUUGCUUAUAGUGUUAUCACUUUGUCUAAGGUUUAUCUUUAUAUCAACCCUGUCAAGAUUCCGAAAGAUCAUCACUCGUUACAGAAGCAUUUGUCAUCUGUGGAUGGUUUGACUAUCAAGGAAUAUAACCAGUUCUAUUAUGAUAUUUCUCAAUUGAAGGCUGGUAAUGAUGAGAAGAAACCAACUAUCGUACUCCCAUCGCAAUCGUCCACUCCGUAUGCUUUGAUGCAAGCAAUCCCUUCAUUAUUCAAAAUUAUACACCAUUCUAUUGCUGCAAAUUUAAAAACUUUCAAAAACAAGGUCGAAUUAUCGAACGCCAAGGUGGCUCAGCAUAAAGACUCAUUAGCUUUCAUUAUUUUUUCAUCUUGGUUGCAACACCAUCUUAUUACAAAAAGGGCUAAAGUCUCCGAAUACGAUGCAGCUUGUAAAAUAUACGAUAUUCGACGCAAAAUACCUAAUUUUAAAGGAUUGAGUUACGAGACAAUCUCACUGUCUGGUGCAAAUGCAGCAAUUAUUCAUUAUGCGCCAACCAAGGACGACAAUGCUAUCAUUGAUCCCAAGAAGGUGUACCUUAUAGAUUCAGGUGCACAUUACCUUGAAGGAACAACAGAUAUAACACGCACUUAUUAUUUUGGCAGGGACGACGCCUCUUCAGACUAUAAAAAGUAUUACACUUUGGUGUUAAAGGGACAUUUGGCUAUAGCAACUGCAAGAUUCCCGGCAGACUCUCCCAACACCGGAGUAAUAUUGGAUGCAUACUCUCGCCAACCGCUAUGGAACCAUGGCUUGGACUUUAACCAUGGUGUUGGACAUGGAAUAGGGAGCUUUGGGCUAGUACACGAGGGACCAUUCUAUAUUCUGACUGCAUCCAGAGGCACGAAUAAUUCUAGUACUACAAAUCUUUAUAAACCAGGUGUCAUUACUUCAAACGAACCAGGUUAUUACAUUGACGGUGAAGUCGGGUUCAGAAUCGAGAGCGAAAUAGAGAUCAUUGAACUCGAUCAAGCAUUUGGUAAAGCAAGGAAUGGAAAACCUUAUCUUGGAUUCUCUUAUUUGACAAAAGUUCCGUUUUGCCAGAAUUUGAUCGAUAAGCAACACUUGUCGAGCGUCGAGCUAAAGUGGAUCAACAGAUACCACCAAUCCAUAAGAGAGCAGUUUGAAAAAGAAUUAUUGGAAUUAGGAGAGCACAGAGCAUUGGAAUGGCUACGCAAAGAAACUGCUGCUAUCAUUUGA